AAUUGAUGAUUUGGAUUUCUAAUUGGAAUGUGCCGGCAGUUGUUUAUAAACAUUCAGAAGAUCUGAAGUUGCGUUCUCGCUCGAAGUAGCAGUAUUGAAAAACUGUAUGCUCUUAUAAUGCUCAAAUAUGGCUUUUACAAACAUAAAAACGGAACCAUUGGAUUUUGAUGACAAACCCCACAUUUGUCGACUAUGCUUAAGCGAAGAAUCACUAGAAAACGUAUUCGAGGCAGAGGGUAUUCAACAAUGGAUUUCUGAUUUCUUAUCAAUCAUGAUAACAACCGAAGAUCGCAUGAGUCAAUCUAUCUGCGCUAUAUGUCGAAUACGGUUGGCCGAUUUUCACGACUUCCGGGAACGGUGCCAUAAAGUGCAAAGCUUACUGAUAGCUGAGAUUCCUGAACGCAGACAGGAUUCUGAUCUGGCAAACCCGUUGCCACCAAGCACUCCAUCGAUUCAAUGCCAAGUUUGCCAUAAGGUGUUCACAACUAAGCGACAACGGAAGGAUCACAUGAGGAACCAUAACAGUGAGCAUAUAUGCAAACGGUGUGGACAAUGUUUUGUGAAACGCAGAGACCUGGAAAAGCACAGAAAGACUCAUAAAAUUGAAACACGUGAAAAACAGGAAAAUCUAAAGUCGAAUGAAAGAGAACUCACGGUGGUACAAGUUCGACAAACAAAUACCGAGCCUCUUGAGGAGGUGCACUAUCUGGGUGCUGCUCCCCACAACACAACGGACGGAAACGAGCAACAAUUUGGCGUGAAGGACAUAAUUGUCGUGGAAGAAGUUAAACUCGAAGUACACGGUGAUGAUGGAGGAGUUCCAUGUGAACUUGAUGAAACAUCUGCUUUAUCUGAGAUUGAUAAGAAUCAGUUGCUCAACCAAAGCAGCAUUACUACUGAAGAGAUUAUUAUUGCUACUUCUGUGCAAAAUCAGAAAGAUGUUCAGAAGAAUGUUCAGCAGAAAGAUAUUGUGGAUAGUGGCGAAAAUUCGAGUAUGACUGAGGAAGCUGAUGCAAAUCAUGGAAACUCUACUACUAGUACUUCCAACCACAUACAAGAAUCUGAUGGCGCGAAACAAUUUCAGUGUGACGUAUGCAAUAAAGUUUUUCCGGUCAAGAAAAAAUUACUGGAUCACAAACGUCAGACACAUGGGCCGAAGAACUUUUCAUGCCCCAUUUGUGAUAAAGCAUUCCGAUUGCAGUAUCUUAUGGAAAACCAUAAGCUAACACAUCAACCAAAGACCAGACCAUUUGAAUGCGAUGAAUGCCAUUGUACAUUUACUGGUAGUUUUUCCUUGCAAAAACACAAAAAAUAUAAACAUGGCCCGAAAAAAUACAAGUGCGACAUUUGUGGCCUUCAGUUCUCGUCACGCUCAGCGUUGCAAUUUCACAUGCAGCGUCAUACACGUGACUCCGACAAAAAGGAAGAACUGCCUCAGAAAGAAACAAUUGUAGAUGGAAAAGUAACGAAUAAUGAAACAGUGGAGGCUUCCGAUCCAAACUCCGCAGAAAUCGCCCAACCAAAAAACAAAGAUGACGACGGAAGUACCGUGUGUAGUAUGUGCGACAAGGUUUUCCAAAAUCUUCAAGGAUAUUUGAUGCAUUUCAAAGAUGCACAUAAGAAGAAACGCACGUGCGUCUUGUGUAAUGUGAUAUUUGUAUCCAACCAACGAUUUGUGAAUCAUUUGUUAACAGAACACAUGAAGGAAGAUGCAGAACAGAAAGAAGGCGAUGUUUCCGGUAACUUAUGGAAUAUCGUUCAGUCUGCAGAGGAUCGUAAGAAGAUUGACAAGCAAGCUUUAAGCAAGCGCAAUUUGGAUUCAGAACCGAUCUCGGCAGCUGAGUGUGAGCAAUGCCGCAAGCGAUUCAUUAACAUGAAAUGCCUGGACAGUCACAUCAGGAACGUUCAUCACCCCAAGAGAUAUUCUUGUUCCACCUGUGGCAAGGGAUUUCUUGCGAAGCGACCCCUUCUCAGACAUCAGGAAACUCAUAAAAAUGACAAUAUAUCGCUAGAGUGCGAAAAAUGCAACAAAGUUUUUCCAACUUGGAGAAAAAAAUCUCAGCACAUGCGGCACCAUGUUCCGAUGAGACAUAGAUGCAAAUAUUGCCAGGAGCGAUUUGCAAAACGGUUACAGCUUUUGAAACAUUAUGACACUCAUCAUGCAAAAGGUGACACCAUCCAAGCAGGAUCCCAAGAAGCAACUCCGGCAAGUCUUCCAGAUAAUGAACUAGAAGGGGAAACUAAACGGCUAUCACCGGAAAAUUUAAUCGAGGAUAAUCAGAAAUUAACUGAAAGUGAUGAAUGUCAAGAAACCAUCGAAAAGAAGCCCAAACGUCAGAAGAUAAGACAUCGGAAAAAUGCCGGAUUCAAAGAAGAUUCCCAAUCUCAUGAGAGCUUAAAACAAAUUGUGUCGAACGAAGAACAAGACGCUCCCGAAGAUCCCGUUCUACUGUUUGAAGCAGAACAGUUCAAGAUUGAGCAACAAAGAAUUGUACGCCCUCGUAACGCGAAAAAUAUGGCCUCUACGGACACCCAAACCGAGCCAAUGGAUAUUGACGACAAACUACAAACCUGUCGGCUUUGCUUAAGCGACGAAACGCUUAGAAAUGUAUUUGAAGAAAAGGAUCUUCAUCAAUGGAUUUGCGAUUCUUUGUCGAUUUUGAUAACAACCGAGGAUGGUAUGAGUCAAUCUGUGUGCGCUGUAUGUCGAAUACGGUUAACCGAUUUUCACUAUUACCGGAAGCGAUGCCAUAGAGUGCAAAGCAUACUGCAAGCUACGAUUCCGGAACAGAGAAAAGAUUCUGAACUGGCAAGCGCUCCACCGAUUUGCCAUGAAGUGCAGAGCGCUCUAAUUGCCGAGAUUCCGGAACAGAGAAAGGAUUCCAAGCAGACAAACCCGUUAACACGAUACGCAAAAUCAAGCGCUCGACCAUUCCAAUGCCAAAUCUGCCAUAAGGUGUAUAAACUUAAGCGACAUCUAAAUGACCACAUGCGGUACCACAGGCCUAAGAAUAUAUGCAAAUGGUGUGGAAGAACUUAUGCGGAACGGAGACGUCUGGAGAGGCACAUAAAGAAGUACCAUACAACAUGUGAGGACCAGGAAAAUUUUAAGUCGGAUGAAGAAGAGCUCACGGAAGUGGAAGUUCAAGAAAUUAAAACGGAGCCUCUUGAGGGGGUAGAGCACUGCAUAACUGAGAUACAGGAACAACAAAUUGAGAAAAGUGUUGCUUCAGGGCAUAUUGAGUGUUUUGCAAGUACUAGUAACGACUAUUCAGCUAGCUUUGAGCAUGGUGCUGAAAAUAUAUCGUUUGUGCACGAUCUGGGUGUUCGUCUCUGCAACACAACGGAAGAGAAGGAAACACAAAUUGCUAUAGAGGAUAUUGUCGUGGAAGAAGUUAAACUCGAAGUUCCUUGUGAAUUUGAUGAACCACCACCUGUUUUAACUGAGAUUGAUGCAAAUGAGUUGGUCGACCGGAAUACAAGCAUUCAGGAGAAAGUUCAAAAUAUUCAGAAGAUAAUUGAGUGUGAAGAUAAAGAAGUUCAGUGCGGAAAAUGUGGGAAGACUUACACAUCCGAGCGUUUACUCUAUUAUCACAACGCGAAUGUGCAUAGGCCAAAAAACUAUGCGUGCCUUACGUGCGGGAGACGAUUUCAUUCAAAAAGAGAUUUGCGCAUACAUUUUCGGACCAAAAAACAUUUGAAAAAGAAAAAAGAAAUGAAUGAUGCUGGAAUUGCGAAUAUUGUCACGGAGCAAAAUAAAACAGACAUCGAACCCGAUGAUGACUUCGAAAUGAGCAAUAGCACUGGUUCAGUAGCAGAUACCCGAAGUGAUACAUUUGAAUCGCAGAGGCAAUCAAUAAACACCGAGUCAAUCCAACCAGAAACAUCGGAUGAAAUGAAACAGCAGCCAAACGGUAUUUCUGAUGGCACUCUCAGUUUCGAACAACAUGGCUCUGCUGAAAACAAUGGAAGAUAUGCAUGUGCAAAAUGUAAUCGUUCAUUCAGUCGAGAGUGCCAAUUCAAAAAGCAUAUGAAAACUCACGACGAGAAAACAAUCGAUACAGAUGAUGGAAAUUCGAGUAUGACUGAGGAAGAUGAUGCAGAUAGUAGGAAACCUUUUCCUAGUAUUUUUAAUUACAUACAAGGACCUGACAGUGAGCAACUAUUGCAGUGUGAGUUAUGCGAUAUGGUAUUUCCUCCGGUUAGGAAGAAAUUACUGGCUCACAAACGACAGGCACAUGGGCCGAAGACAUUUUCAUGUCCCAUUUGCUAUAAGCCUUUUAGGUUAAGGGAUUCCAUGGAAAAACACAAGCUAAAACAUGGCAAACGUGGAACAACUGAAGAAAACAUCAGUGUUGCCAAACCAUUUGAAUGCGAUGUGUGUCAUAAAAAGUUCUCUCUUUGGAAAACCGUAUUGAAUCACAGAAAAUAUGUCCACGGUCUUACUAAGUCAGAUGAUGAAGAGCUCACGGAAGUGGAAGUUCAAGAAAUUGAAAGGGAGCCUCUUGAGGGGGUAGAGGACAGCAUAACUGAGAUGCAGGAACAACAAAUUGAGAAAAGUGUUGCUUCAGGGCAUAUUAAGUGUUUUGCAAACAUCAGUGAUGAAAAUUUGCCUAGCUUGGAAUCUGGUGCUGAAAAAACAUCGUUUGUGCACGAUAUGGACGUUGGUCUCUGCAACACAACGGAAGAGGAGGAGACACAAAUUGAUACAGAGGAUAUUGCCGUGGAAGAAGUCAAAGACGAAGUUCCUUGUGAACUUGAUGAACCACCUCCUGUUUUGUCUGAGAUUGAUAAAAAUGAGUUGGUCGACCGGAAUGUGCCGUUUUCAAAAGAGAAUUCUGUAGCUACUUUUACAAACACUCAGGAGGGCGUUCAGGAGAAUAUACAGAAGAUGAUCAAGAUGAUGUCAAGAUGUCAAGAUAAAGAAGUACAGUGCGGAAAAUGUGGGAAGAUGUAUAAGUCCGAACGUUUACUCUAUUGUCACAACGCGAAUGUGCAUGGACCAAAAAAAUAUGCGUGCUUUAUUUGCGGGGUUCGAUAUCUUGCAGAAAGAGAUUUGCGCAUACACUUUCGAACUAAAAAACAUUUGAACAAGAAAAAAGAAAUGAAUGAUACAGGAACUAUGAAUAUUGUCACGGAGCAAAAUAAAACAGACAUCGAACCCGAUGAUGACUUCGAAAUGAGGGAUAUUGUCAGCAAUAGCGCUGGUUCACUAGCAGAUACCCGAAGUGAUACAUUUGAAUCGCAGAGGCAAUCAAUAAACACCGAGUCACUCCAGUCAGAAACAUCGGAUGAAUUGGAACAGCAGCCAAGCGGUGAUUCUGAUGACACUCUCAGUUUCGAACAACAUGGCUCAGCUGAAAACAAUGGAAGAUAUGCCUGUGCAAAAUGUAAUCGUUCAUUCAGUCGAGAGUGCCAAUUCAAAAAGCAUAUGAAAGCUCACGACGAGAAAACAACCGAUGCAGAUGAUGGGAAUUCGAGUAUGACUGAGGAAGAUGAUGCAGAUAGUAGGAAACCUUUUCCUAGUAUUUUUAAUUACAUACAAGGACCUGACAGUGAGCAACUGUUGCAGUGCGAGUUAUGCGAUAUGGUAUUUCCUCCGGUUAGGAAGAAAUUACUGGCUCACAAACGACAGGCACAUGGGCCGAAGGCAUUUUCAUGUCCCAUUUGCUAUAAGCCUUUUAGGUUGAGGGAUUCCAUGGAAAAACACAAGCUAAAACAUGGCAAACGUGGAACAAAAGAAGAAAACAUUAGUGUUGCCAAACCAUUCGAAUGCGAUGUGUGUCAUAAAAAGUUCUCUCUUAGGAAAACCGUAUUACAUCACAAAAAAUAUGUCCACGGUCCAAAAAUGCACGAGUGUGAUAUUUGUGGAUUUCGGGCUUCUUUACGUUCAUCAUUGGAUUUGCAUUUGCAACGGCAUGCACGCCAUGACGAUAGAAAGGAAGACUUUUUGCGAACCCAUGGAAAGCCUCAGGAAGAGAAACAUGAUGAAGUAACGAAUAGCGAAUCAGUGGAGUCUUCCAAUCGAAACGGUCCACCAAAAAGAGAUGUACGAACUAUCUGUAGGAGGUGUGACAAGGUUUUCUAUGAUCUGCAAGCGUUUUGGACGCAUCAUAAAACUGCACAUAAGAAGAAACUGAAGUGCGCCUUGUGUAACGUGGAGUUUGCACACAAGAAGCGAUUGGUGAAUCAUAUGUUGUCAAAACACAAGAAAAACGAUGGAAGCUAUCAACCGCUGAAAUGCGAUCAAUGUGACAAAGUAUUUUCAAGAACGAGCCAACUUACGGCGCACAAGGUAGUCCACAGACCAAAAAUUCAUAGCUGCAAUCUUUGCUCCAGAAGUUUUUCAAGACCACAACAUUUAAAAUCUCACAUCGAAUGUCAUGCAUUUGUGGGCGACGAUUUUAUCUUUCCCGCUAGCACCGGAGAAGGUUAUGAAUGUGAAAUUUGCCACAAGGUGUUGCAACUCAAAAAACACAUGAAGGGUCACAUCCGCAGAGUACAUGGAUCAGAACUGCACAAGUGUUCCAUUUGCAAUAGACUUCUCAGGACACGUGAUGAACUGGAGAUUCACUCGAAAGGUCAUGACAAUGCAGCAGAACAGAAGGUAGGAGAAUUUGCAGGUAAUUCAGAAGCUCAAGAAAGCUCCCAAAAAGAAACUCCGGCUGGUCUUCCGGAUAAUGGUCAAGCUAAACGGUUAUCGCCGGAAAAGUACAUCGAGGAUGAACGGGAAGACGAGUUCUUCGAAAGCGAAGAUAGUGAAAGUGAAAAGAAGCCCAAACGUCAGAAGUUGCGGAGACAUACGAAAAGAUCGAGCAGAGCGAUUCAUACGUGCUCGGUGUGCAGCCUUCAGUUUACCUCCAAAAAGAAACUUGAGCAACACAUCAAGACAAGUCAUCAGGAAGGUGCCGGAGUCGAAGAAGAAUCCCAAUCUCACGUGAAUUCCAUAUCAAGCUUAGAUCAAACUGUGUCCAUUGUAGCUCAAGAGGUGAAUGUUACUGACACACCCGAAGGUCCCGUUCUUUUGUUUCAAGCAGAACAGUUCAAGAUUGAGCCGGAGUGAUACGUACAAGAAAUGGCAGGUAUCAUUGGUCAAUCUCCAAUAAAAUUAAUCUUUCAACUUCAA